AUGGGCAAACGAAAGAAAUCAACCCGCAAGCCCGCGCAGCGACGCGCGCGCGAACCCCUCCCGACCGUCUUCUCCUGCCUGUUUUGCAAUCACGAAAAAUCAGUCAUCUGCAGACUCGACAAGAAGAUGAAUCUCGGGUUCUUGAACUGCAAGAUUUGCGGCCAGAAUUUCCAGACUUCGAUUACUAAGUUGAGUGUACCGGUCGACAUUUACAGCGAAUGGAUUGAUGCGGUCGAAGGCGGAGAGAUCCAGGAUCCGAAGCAGAUCGGUGAGGAUGAUAUCAGCGAUCUGAGUGAGCGCGAAAACGACCGCGACGCCGACGAAGAAGAGGAUGAUGAGGAUGAUAUCGGGCUUGAGUAA